UAUUUAGUUUGAUUUCUCAACAUUACCUGUCCCAACUCUCUCGCCAAACCCAACACCCUCCGUUCUUCUCUCUCAACCCAAAACCUUUUCAACAAUCUCUACAAUGGCGGUCUCCGGCGGGUACGCAGCCUCCGUUACCGUUCCCGCCUCCAAGCCGAAGUUAGGUUCUAGCAGUACGCACACGCCGUCUUCUACGCUGCCGUUUUCGGUUCCUUUUCGCUGCCGGAGACUGAAGCCGUUGGUUUAUCGGACUGGAUCGCUGAACCCUAGAUGCGACGGUGGUCCGAAUUCGUUGGUUACCAGUGAGGAGAAGAGGUCUAGUCUUUCAGCUUUGGAGCUUCUCAAGACAUCCGCCGCCGAUCGGUAUACAAAGCAAAGUAGCAGUAUUGUUGUUAUCGGGCUUAACAUUCAUACAGCACCAGUUGAAGUACGAGAGAAAUUUGCUAUUGCAGAAUCAGACUGGCCCCGUGCAAUUAAUGAACUGUGUUCCUUGAAUCAUAUAGAAGAAGCUGCUGUUCUUAGCACAUGUAACCGGAUUGAAAUAUAUGUUUUAGCUCUAUCUCAGACUCGUGGGGUGAAAGAAGUGACUGAAUGGAUGUCUAAGACAAGUGGAGUUCCAAUUCCAGAGAUCUCUCAACACCGAUUUUUGCUGCAUGACAUGGAUGCAAUUCAACAUCUGUUUGAAGUUUCUGCUGGACUAGACUCCCUUGUCCUGGGAGAAGGUCAAAUUCUUGCACAGGUAAAGCAGGUUGUAAAGACUUCACAAGGAGCCUCUGGGUUUGGUAAGAAAAUAAGUGGGCUGUUUAAGCAUGCAAUUACAGUUGGAAAACGGGUUAGAUCUGAGACCAACAUUUCCACUGGAUCAGUUUCUGUAAGUUCAGCUGCUGUGGAGCUUGUACAGAUGAAGCUUCCAGAGAAUUCUUAUGCUACUGCCCGAGUAUUGGUUGUUGGAGCUGGCAAAAUGGGAAAACUUGUGAUCAAACACUUGGUUGCUAAAGGGUGUAGACAGAUGGUAGUAGUAAACAGGACCGAAGACAAAGUUGCUGCUAUAUGCGAGGAGCUCAAGGAUGUCAAGAUAGCAUACAGACCUCUUUCAGAAAUCUUAGCGUGUGCUUCACAAGCUGAUGUGGUUUUCACAUGUACUGCUUCAGAUGCCCCUUUGUUUUCAAAAGAUAAUGUUCAGGCACUCCCCCCUGUGAGCGAUCAGCUCGGUGGCCAGAGGCUGUUUGUUGAUAUAUCUGUCCCACGGAAUGUGGAGCCAAGUGUCUCUGAUCUUGAAGCUACAAACGUUUACAAUGUUGAUGAUCUUAAAGAAGUCGUGGCAGCUAACAAGGAAGACCGGUUGAGGAAGAAAUUGGAAGCUUUGGCAAUCAUUAAUGAUGAAGUUAAGCAAUUUGAAGCUUGGAAAAACUCCCUUGAGACAGUUCCAACUAUCAAAAAGCUUAGGGCCUAUGCUGAAAGAAUUAGAGCUUCUGAGGUCGACAAGUGUUUAUCAAAGAUGGGCAAUGACAUCCCAAAAGACCAGAAGAAAGCUAUCUACGAUCUCAGCUUGGGCAUAAUGAAUAAGCUCCUUCAUGGGCCAAUGGAGCAUCUAAGAUGCGAUGGAGACAAUCGGCCAUUGAGCGAGAUACUUGAUAAUAUGCAUGCUCUUAACAGAAUAUUUGGGCUCGAUACAGACACAUCUUUAUUGGAAGAAAAGGUACGGGCCAAGCUAGAGCAAAAUCAGAAGCAAGCUUCCUGAAGUCGGGUAUUUUGUUAAAAUUUACAGAGUAUUCAUCAUUUUUCCCCUGAAGCAAGUAGAGAAUCUAACACAACAGCAAAUAUAUACAACCCUAAGCUAAUUGCAUUUGUUUACAUGACCUUGUACCCCUGAUUGGUCAGUCUCCCAUUUCCUUCAUUCCUUUAGUUCUUUGCUUUCAUUGAUUAGCGGAGAUUUUACAUUGUAGGUAAUCUACAGGAGAAUAGUAUGUAUUAUGUAAGGAUAUGAGAAUCAAAAUUCUUUUAGACAG